AUGGCGGAAGCUCGACAACCACACACUUCGUUGAAUUCUCCGUCAACAGCUGAGGUAGCUCAUCCAAGGGACGAGAGCACAGGCACUCGACCGGCGCCCGCAGCAAAAAGACGGAAAAGGGAUGAGACUGAGAGAAUACGUACAAGAUGCAGCGGAAAUCAACCUUGCAAUCUCUGUACAACUGCUGGUUUGAUCUGUGAGUUUACAGCAGCCUAUAGGCGUGGGAGAAUACCUCCGAUAACGACAGAGAAAGAACAACUUGAACAUCUCGGAGGCAUUUCUAAAAAUGCCGAAAGUUCUACUAGUGUUGAACAUGAACACGUGAUUGAAGCUGCCAAACCUUUCCCAGAUCAUCACAGUGCGUUCCAUAGUCAAUUGAGCGGAGAUUUUACCAGUAUCCCACAUGAUGUAGCUAUAGCUGCAUCAACACUGGCCCGGCUCCAGCCUACUAUCGCUGAGAACUCGAACCCAAUUUCGAGAAUGCAAUCAUCUCGGAACUCACCAGAGCCUCCGCAGACUGACCUCCAGGGACACUACGUGGGUCCUUCCUCUGGGGCCUCUUUUCUAUUGAGAGUACAGAAGAAGUUACACCGAGAGAUCACACUCUCCCAAGAUUCAUCAAUAUUCACAUUUGGGGAUGCUCCCCUACCAGAAUUUGACCCUUCCUUUUUCGUGCUUCCCCCAAAAUCCGACGCCGAGAAUCUUGUUGCAAGAUACUUUGAUUUUGCAGUUCCGACCCAUCGCUUUCUACAUCGCCCAACUAUUGAACUCUGGGUACAUGAAUUUUACGAUAAUCUGGGAACUUUCCAACGGAAAAGCGGCGCCAAAGGACGAACGGCUCUUUUAUUUAUGGUUUUUGCUCAAGCAAGAGAUUACAUGCCAGGCGUUGGCAAACAGAAUGACAUUGAUACGAGUUCCCGAUACUUCCACGCCGCUGAUCGUCAACUGACAUCUGAAACUGGAGGAGUGCUUUUAACUAGUGUUCAAGCUCGGCUGUGUCAAUGCUUCUAUCUCUUAUCACAGUCGAGGGUCAACCAUUGUUGGAGCUUAUUCGGAACAACGGCUCAUCUGAUCCUCGCUCUUGGUAUCCAUCGCAAGAGACGUCUAGAGUCCCACAAUAAUGUGGAUAUGAUUGAACUAGAAUGCAGAAAGCGAGUUUUUUGGUGUGCAUACACACUGGACAAUUAUCUAAGUGCAGCUCUCGGAAGACCUCGAACCUUUCACGAUGAUGAUAUAGAUCAAGAACUCCCAAGUUGUGUAAAUGACUCUGAUCUUACUUCAAGACAUGUUCACGUCAAUAAGUCUAGAGCCCAGUCUAUCAUGAUGGCACCUAUCGCGCAUGGAAUGCUGUCCCAGAUAAUCAGUCAUAUUCUUCGCGAUCUCUAUUCCAUUCGUCCACCAUCCUCCACUAUUCGUCUUUCUCUAGCAGAUCAGUAUUGCAAAAAUCUCCAAGAGUGGCGGACAAAGUUUACUGGGUUUCUAGAUGCUAAGGGUGUAGAUACGUCUCUAUUGAUACCUCUAUUCCAACGUCAAAGAAAUGUCCUGAAUCUCUCAUAUUGGCAUGCACUGAUCUUAGUUCAUCGGCCCUUCUUAUUGCGAGAUUUUGCCAGUCUUCAUAAAAGAAACUCGUACCAUUCUAGAGAAACUUCAACCGGCAACUCUGUGGACAAAAAUGUCUUUAAUUGUUUACAGGCUGCAAUGGAAAUCACUAACAUCGUUAAUCAUUUGACGGAAGCCGGGCAACUGUACCAAGCAUUUUGGUUCACUCAUUAUUUCGCAUUCUGUGCGGUAGUUGUGCUAUACGUAUACACGAUACAACACCGCUAUCAUCCUCGAGAGGAAUAUAUCAAAUACUUUGAAGCUGCUGUUCGCUGUCAUUCCCAGAUUUCGUCAAAAGCCAAAAAUGAAUCGUUGGCACAAAGGUAUAGUGUAGUGCUGGAAGAACUUAGACUAGAAGCCAUCACAUACCCCCAAGGACAAGGAUUAAACCACGGAUCUCAUGCUACCCAGACCGAGAGCGGUUCCCAUCCAAACCGUGAAAGUCUUGUCACCGCACCGAAUGCGAUACACGAAUAUGAGAAUGGCGGAAUUGCAGUAGCACGUUCAAUUGACGGAGCUGAUGGCGAUUAUGUCGAGUCAAGUCCUUCUGUGACUAUGGAUCCUCUCACUGGCUGGGGCCAAUUUGAUUCUUUGGUUACUGGUGGAGUAGGUGGCUUUGACUUUAUCUUUACAGGAGAUCAAAAUGAUCAAUGGGACACGGGAAUGGUCGAGACUAGAGCAUUUACAGCACCACAUGAGAGGUUAGAAAAUUCGUCUCAACCCGCAAAGACUAUACCUAGUCGGCUUCUAUACACUGUCGACGACUUGAUUUACAAUCGAAGUCAGACUAUUCCAGAUGUCCCUCUAUUAGCAUAUCCCGGUAGCCUGAAGGGAAGAUCGGACUAUGUUCAUUACACGGCGAGGGAUCUUGAUCGAUUUGCUGACCAUGGUGCAAAUACAUACUCUUCACUUGGUCUCAUUCCCAGUUCAUCAAAAAGUCCGGUUGCAGAAGUCGUUGCGCUUUUAGCACCGUCAAAUCUUGAUUACGUCGCUACCAUCUUUGCCUUAUCACGCCUGGGUUUCGCAGUUCUGUUGCUUUCUAAUCGAUUGGCACCAGAAGCAUACGUUUCUCUUCUGGAAAAGACAAAAUGUAAGCGAAUUGUCAUUUCAGAUAAUCACCACGGCGUUAUCAAAUUGAUUCAAGUUGAGCUGGAAAUAUCUCAGUAUCCCUUGCUGAGACAGUCUCAAUAUGAUAUCAAAGCUCCGUUGACCCCACGAUUUCCUCGAUCUGUAGGAACUGCCUUGGAUUCAACGCGUAAUUCAUUCAUAAUCCAUUCAUCGGGUUCAACAGGGCUUCCAAAACCAAUAUUUCAAACACAUGCGGCUUGUCUCUCCAACUACUCCAAUAGUUUCGGUUACCGGGCAUUUUUGACAUUGCCUCUGUAUCAUAACCACGGAUUAUCGUCAUUCUUUAGAGCGAUCCACUCAGCAAAGGAGAUUUCUAUGUUCAAUGCCAACCUUCCAUUGACGGGAAAGAAUUUGAUCGAAGGAAUGGCUGCAGUAAAACCUGAAAGUUUUCAUGGUGUACCUUACGCUUUGAAGCUACUCGCGGAGUCCGAAAGUGGAAUCGAAGCUCUGAGAAGAUGCAGAUUAGUCUUGUUUGGGGGAAGUAGCUGUCCGGAUGAUCUUGGAGACCGCUUGACACAAGCUGGAGUUUAUUUAGUUGGUCAUUACGGCGCUACCGAGAUAGGGCAGCUCAUGACUUCCUUUCGUCCGCGAGAAGAUACAGCAUGGAACUAUGUCAGACCUUUACCAUCAUGUGUACCAUACAUUCAAAUGGUGCAACAAUCAGAGAACACAUUCGAAUGUGUGGUAUUAGAUGGUUUACCGUCAAAAGUCACCUCAAAUUCUCAAGAUCCUCCAAAUUCGUUCAAAACGAGUGAUUUGUUCACCCCUCAUCCUUCAAUUCCAAAUGCAUGGAAAUAUCUUGGACGAUUAGAUGAUCGUGUUACGCUCGUCAAUGGCGAAAAAGUCCUCCCAAUCACAUACGAGCAUCAGAUCAGAGAGCACGAAUUGGUAAGAGAAGCGUGCGUGUUUGGCGUUGGCAGAGCAUUUCCUGGUUUAAUCGUUGUUCCAAGCGAGAAAGCAACCAGCAUAGGUAAAAAAGCUUUGUUAGAAAAGCUUUGGCCAGUGGUAGUUGCUGCAAACUCAAGAGUGGAGAAAUUCAGUCAGAUUUCGAAGGAAAUGGUUCAUAUUCUAAACGUUGGUGUUGAUUAUCCCUGCACAGAUAAAGGAACCAUGAUUCGACCUGCUUUCUACAAAAAAUUCGAAGAUCUCAUAGAUUCUAUGUAUCAGAGCUUUGAGACACCACUAGAUUCUUUGAAAGGUACUCUCCAGUUGAGUAGAGAACAGUUAGAAGACUUCCUACUCGGUGUCUUCGCAGAACGAAUUGGGAUCCAGCACCUCGAAAGAGAUGCUGAUUUCUUCGAGGCAGGCGUUGAUAGUUUGCAAGCAAUUGCAGUUCGAGGUAUCAUUUUGCGCGAGUUGGAUCUGGCUUCUGCAGUACCGAGUCAGAAUGUGGUUUUUGAGUUUCCAAGUGUGCAAGACUUAGCGGAACACUUGGAUUCUCUUCGAAAAGGCGAGGUAUCAGAGCAGAAGGAUGAGAUCAAAAUAAUGGAGGAAUUGAUUCAAAAAUACUCUCAUUUUGAACAACAUGUCCCAGGCUCGAGGAUCGUGGAAGGGGAAACUAUUAUUUUGACUGGUGCUACCGGCUCACUUGGGGCUCAUGUUCUCUCUCAGCUCGUAGGGAAAAACUUCGUCAAAGCAAUAUAUUGUCUUGUCCGAGCUAGGGAUCGACGUCAAGCAGAGGAAAGAGUCAGAAAUACACUUUCAGCCAAGAAAUUAUCGCCAAAAUCAUUCUCAAAGAUUCAUUGUCUUCCAUCAGAUCUCAGCAACACAAAUCUUGGCCUCGAAGCCACCGUAAUUCAAGCCUUGCGAGAUGACCUUACGACAGUGAUUCAUUGUGCCUGGGCUGUAAACUUUAAUCUGGGCGUCCAAAGCUUUGAGUCGCAUCACAUCAAAGGAACCGUGAACCUCUUGAAUUUGUGCCUCACUGUCCGCACGCCCUUUCCGGCGAAGUUAUUUUUCUGUUCUUCCAUAUCAGCGGCAGCAGGUACUCCUUUGCCUGCGACAAUUGAGGAAACAUACAUUACGAAUCUGAAUUAUGCUCAAAAUAUGGGAUACGCUCGGUCAAAGUUAGUCACAGAAACGUUGAUCGGAGAAGCUGCGAGACAGACUGGAAUGCUGGCAAAGGUUUUGAGAGUUGGUCAAAUUGUUGGAGAUACAAUUGAAGGGCUGUGGAAUAGUACAGAGGCCAUCUCACUGAUGAUAAGAAGUGCUACAACGCUUCAUGCUUUGCCGGCUCUAGAUGAGACACCUUCCUGGUUACCUGUUGAUAUUGUUGCAAAAGCUGUUCUGGAGAUCGCUGGCCUUGAGAACGAUUCACCAGAAGUAUCUAUGCAUGAACCGGACUCAAAAGACAUUGUCUACCAUGUACAAAAUUCACACACUUUCUCCUGGACCAAUGACCUCCUUCCUGCUUUACAAGCAGCGGGAUUAGAGUUUGAUAUUGUCAAUCAAAGAGAAUGGAUAAAGCUACUCAGGGAGAGCGAACAAGAUCCGGACAAGAACCCAACGAUAAAACUUUUGGAUUUCUUCACUGAAAAAUAUGAUAAUGACAAACCUGGUCGACAGGGACUUGUCUUCAAAACGGACAAGACAGGUUCAAAGUCCGUGGCUAUUAAGAAUGGUUGCGACAUUGUGGGGAGUGGGCUGGUCAAGAAAUUUAUCGAUAGCUGGAGAAAGGAGUGGUGA